UCCCCCUCCCCUAGCUCCCCCUCCCAGCAGCAGAGAGGGGCACAGAGCAGCCACACUCCACAGCCAAACCCUAAUUGUGUGUGCGUGUGUCUGCAUUUUUUUCCCUGACAUGAAGAAGGAAACCAAGUCACAAUGUGGCAUUGUUGGAUGCCCUUCAUCUUGGCCUGGGUGUCCAUGCCAACCCCGACUCUCUGCCAAAGUGGAGAUUGGGGUUCAGGCUUUGACAUCUUCCCGGCGUUAAUGGCCACCAAUGACACGUCUCAGGCAGUUGGCGAUGAGCCUGUGAAGAUGAGAAACAAUGAAGACUGGAUCACAUCAGCAACUUCCUCACCACCACCACCACCCUCCCCCACAAUGCAUUAUGAGCCCCAACCGGACAAAUGCUCGGUCCACUUCAGCACUAGCGCCGCUGCGGCUCGGAGGCUGAAGGCCCAGAAGGAGGAGCUGGCCUACCUGCAGGCCAUUCAGCAUGGAAACAAGGCCGUGGUGGAGAACCUGGUGCAGUUUGUGGGGGCAGAGCUGGGGGAUCAGAGCUAUGAAGAUGUGAUUAAGGAAAAUGUCAUCGGCAUCCAAGGGGACCACAAGACUUGCCACGAGGCGGUGGAGAAAGCAGAAGACGAUAUGGCAAAGCAGCUGGAGGGGGAAGUGUUGAAUGCUGGGCUGCAGAAAAUCAGAAAAGAGUCCUCGGCUUUUGAAGACAUGCACCGCGCUGCAGUGGACAUCGCCAAGCGGCUGGAGAUCUCAUCGCAGGCCCUGCAUGCUUCGUUCACCAAGCAGCUGAAAGACAUUGGCAGAAUUCGUCGCUAAGAACGUUUUAAGAGACUUUCUGCCCCCAUGUCAUCCUUCAACAUGGUGAAGAGGUUUUGGUAUCCUUUGUGAGACCCAAAAUAAUGAUAACUUUCCAGAUUUCUAUAUUUUAUUGAAUCAAAAUAUAUGUGCUUUACAGAGAUGCAACAAUGCGUCAAGAUCAGCCUCAACGGUAGGAAUCAACAUGGUUAAAAGAUGACGGGAAAGUUCAAGGGUGGAGGAGAGCAGAGAAGGAUUGUUGGGUGAAAAAAACAAGUUUCCCUUUCACUCGAGUUAAAACCCCGUAACCCAUAAAAUAUUAUUUUCCAUCCAGGCUUUAUUCAUGAGGUCAAUAAUAGUAACAGUAUGCGGUGCAGGUUUUAGCCAAGUUGAGUGUUUAUAGCUCAAAUUAGAUUGGCCAUCGGAGACCAAACAUAAUGGCUCUGUUAGUCUUUUCCAGAAACAAACUAUGGGUCGGCCAUCUGGUUCCAGGGCGAGGAUGGAGGCCAGGAUACGUUUAGGAGGACUAGUGUGUUCCAAUAGACAUUUUGUUUUGCAAUUAAAAAAAAAAAAAAGGAUAAAGUGCAACUAGAACUGCAUCGUUAUUAAGUAUUGUUUUGGGUUCUUGAGAAACUAUGCACAAAUCUGCAGAUGACGGACGAGCUGUUUUAUCAACAAUUAGACAAUUCCUUACUGUGAAAAGGAAGAAUUAAGCAGGAAACACACCUUCAAAAACAUGAUGAAGCUCUUUAAACAAAGCACCUCUGAAUCUGUACAUUGUUUAAAGGAGUGUUUUUGAGAUUUUACAUCAGGAGGACAUUAUUUGUGGGUCUCUUAACUGGAUUAAGAUGUUACAAUGUGAGAAACACACUUUUGUUGUGUAUCCAGCUUCAUUGUGCUAUACUGUCUUCAACCCUACUUUCAAUCAUGUUUUAAAUCAUACAAAGGUGUAAUGUGAAUGUGUGAAAUGUAUGACAAAGGUAUACCAGUAAAGAUCAACAAGCAAUG